AUGGCCUCCUACGGCAAACUCGACGAGCACGAGCAAGCCAAACUCGAGGCAUGUCGAAGGACGAGAAAGAGAAUCGCCAUCAUCGCUAUAUCUUCCAUCGUUCUCGUCUGCAUCGUGGUCGGAGCAGUCGUAGGCACCACCGCAGCUAACAGUAACGGCAAGAAACCGUCGCCGACGGAGGGUAACGGAGAUUCGAUCUCCGUCUCGGUGAAAGCCGUGUGCGACGUGACGUUGCACAAAGAAAAAUGUCUUGAGACCGUUGGAUCCGCUCCAAACGCGAGCAGUUUGAACCCUGAGGAGCUAUUCAACUACGCUGUCCAAAUCACGCUCACGGAGCUCACGAAAGUCCUCAACGAAUUCUCCGACAGCGAACACAUGGACAACGCCACGUCGGCAGCAAUGGGAGCUUGCAUGGAGCUCAUCGAGCUAGCCGUUGACCAGCUCAACGAGACGUUGACGUCACUGAAAGACCAUACGACGUCGUCCCCCAAGAGCACUGUUGAUGAUCUCAGGACGUGGCUUAGCUCCGUUGAAACGUACCAAGAAACGUGCAUGGAAGCGUUGGUCGAAGCGAACAACCCUAACACGACGACGUUUGGGGAAACACAUCUAAAAAACUCGACGGAGAUGACUAGCAACGCGUUAGCGAUCAUAACGUGGCUAGGGAAAAUCGCUGACUCGAUUAAGCUAAACCAUCGUCGUUUAAUGGCGACUGCUGAAGCUGACUUGCCGAUGAUGAAACGUCGAGGGCUUUUCGAGAGUGGUGAUUUGAAGAAGAAAGCGAACAUAGUGGUGGCGCAAGAUGGGUCGGGGAAGUAUAGGACUAUAAGCGAGGCGUUACAGGAAGUGAAGGAGAAGAAUGAGCAGCCUACGAUCAUAUAUGUGAAGAAAGGAGUUUACCUGGAGAAUGUUAGGGUUGAGAAGAAGAAAUGGAACGUUGUGAUGGUUGGUGAUGGACAGAGUAAGACUAUUGUCUCUGGUGGACUCAACGUCAUCGAUGGAACACCAACGUUCCAAACCGCCACGUUUGCUGUCUUCGGAAAGGGGUUCAUGGCUAGGGACAUGGGUUUCCGAAACACUGCUGGUCCAGCCAAGCACCAAGCCGUAGCUCUGAUGGCAAGCGCAGACUUAGUUGUGUUCUACAAAUGCACCAUAGAUGCUUUCCAAGACACGCUCUACGUUCAUGCACAACGGCAGUUCUAUCGCGAGUGUGACAUCUUUGGAACGGUCGAUUUUAUAUUCGGAAACGCUGCGGUUGUUUUCCAAAACUGCAACAUCUUGCCUCGUCGUCCUAUGCAAGGCCAGCAAAACACCAUAACCGCUCAGGGGAAGAAAGACCCGAACCAAAACACUGGAAUCUCUAUCCACAACUGCACCAUCUCUCCUUUGGAUAACUUAACUGAUGUUCAAACGUUCCUAGGCCGGCCUUGGAAAGAUUUCUCCACCACGGUGAUUAUGAAGUCGUACAUGGACGGGUUUAUCAACCCGAAAGGGUGGUUACCAUGGAUAGGAGACAAUGCACCAGACACUAUCUUCUAUGCCGAGCACUUAAAUUUUGGGCCAGGAGCCUCCACAAAGAACCGAGUUAAGUGGAGAGGGUUGAGGACAUUUUUAACAAAGAAGGAAGCUAAUAAAUUUACGGUCAAACCUUUCAUCGACGGCAAGAAGUGGUUGCCGUCGACCAAAGUUCCAUUCAAAUCUGACUUUUGAUUCUUUUUUACCUAAAACUAAUGCCUGUAUUCUUCAAUUUGUUUUAACGAACAUACA